AUGGAGCGGGCGGCGCCGGUGAGGAGCUCCCACACCUCCACGGCCGACCUACUCGCGUGGCCGCAGCCGCAGGGCCCCGCCCCCGCCGCCACGCCGUCGCCGCCGCGCCGGCCCGGCCAGCCGUCGGAGGCUAUCAGGAAGGUGGUGUUCGGGGGUCAGGUCACCGAGGAGGAGGCCGGCAGCCUCACCAAGAGGAAGCCGUGCUCCGCGCCCAAGUGGAAGGAGAUGACGGGGAGCGGCAUAUUCGCUGCCGGGAGCAAUGGCGACGCUGGGGAGGCAGCUGCUGCCGCGAAGCCCGCCCGAACCGCCUCGCGCCAGGCGAUCAGUACUGUAAGCCACAUCUCGUUCGCUGAGGAUGGAACUGAUCCUCCCAAAAAGCCCACUUCAGUAGCUGAGGUGGCAAAGCAGCGUGAGCUUAGUGGUACUCUUCAAAGUGAGGCAGAUAGUAAGAUGAAGAAGCAGAUAUCAAAUGCAAAAUCCAAGGAGCUCAGCGGCCACGACAUCUUUGCUGAUACUCCGGAUUCCAGAUCUAACAGGGCAAGGAACUCAUCAAAUGGCAGCACAGCCUCAUACACACCUGUCAAAAAUACAAACGCGAGCACCUUCUCGUUUGGAGAGGCCAACACUGACAGCGUGCCGAAGACAGCAAAGAAGAUAACUGGCAAGAAGGUCAACGACCUCACCGGCAAUGACAUCUUCAAGGGAGAUGCGCCACCAGCUUCUGCAGAGAAGCAUCUGAGCACCGCAAAGCUGAAGGAGAUUACUGGAAGCAACAUUUUUGCAGAUGGGAAGGAACCAAUCCGUGAGCGUGUAGGUGGAAACCGCAAGCCUCCUGGCGGUGAGAGCAGCAUCGCGCUGAUUUAG